AUGGCCCUUGUGGGCGCUGUCUACGCUGCUCCCCACGGUGGUGGUAGCUACAGCGGACCCAAGGGCUGGGGCGGAGAGUGGAGUGGCGAGAGCGGCGGUGAAUCUGUCGGCGGGUACGGCGCGUCUACCGGUGGCUAUGCUGUGCCAUCUUCUGCCGGAUACGAUGCUCCUUCUCCUUCCAAGAGCCAGCCCUACGAGACCCCAGCGAUCUCCAGCGGAUACAGUGGUCCUCCUCCCAAGGCUUCCAGCACUCCUUGUGAUGAGGAGAGCAGCAGCGUCCCAGAGGUCUCGAGCACUGUCCCUCCAGUUGUGUCCUCGUCGGCCUACACCCCGCCUGUCGUCACCUCCACCUACACUCCCCCGGUUGAGUCCUCUAGCACGCCCUGUGAUGAGUCGAGCACCCCUCCAGCUGUUACAUCCACCUACACUCCUCCAGUUGUAACUUCGACCUAUACCCCUUCAGUUGUUACCUCAAUCUACACUCCUCCGGUUGAGUCAUCCAGCACGCCAUGUGAUGAGUCAAGCACCCCUCCAGUUGUAACUUCCUCCUAUACUCCCCCGGUUGUCACAUCCACAUACACUCCUCCAGUCUCCUCCAGCACCCCCUGCUAUGAGACAAGUACGUCUAUUUACACUCCUCCUGUGGUAACCUCCACUUACACUCCUCCGGUUGUUACAUCCACAUACACUCCUCCGGUCGUUAAGUCCUCUAGCACGCCAUGCCCCGAUACCGAGACUGUUACUGUGCCACCCCCCAGCUCAACUCCCUACGUGCCAGAGGAGACGACUAUCUACUCGACCAUCGUAGUGCCACCGCCAAGCUCCACUCCUGAAGUCCCAGAGUCGUCGUCUACUCCUUGCCCCGAGUCUAGUAUGACCAUCGUUGUGCCUCCUCCCAGCUCGACCCCUGAGGUUCCAGAGGAGUCAUCGACCCCUUGCCCUGACAUCACUACCACCGUUGUUGUACCUGAGACCUUCACCUACCCUGUAGUUCCUCCCGUCAUCACCGAGUCGGUUCCCAUUCCUGAGGUGUCCACUACUGUCAUCAUCCCCCCGGUGUCUUCCUACUAUGCCCCUCCUCCUCCUGUCAUCACAGAGUCGGUCCCCAUCCCUGAGGCAUCUACCACCAUCAUAGUUCCCAUUCCUUCAUCCUCCUACAAGGCCACUCCCCCCGCCUCAUCGUCCACCGGACACGUCUCCUCGGCUACCACUCCCGGAUACCCUGAGUACACUGGCGCUGCUAGCUCCACCAAGCCCCUUGCUGCCUUCAUGGCCGGUGCUGCCGCUCUCGCUUACUUCGUCUAA